AUGGUUGAUAUUAAGGGCAAGGGAAUCCUCUAUGAGUACGAUGAUGAACCGAUCAAGCUAACUGAUCAUGAUAUCUCUCAAAACAUCAAUGAAUUCAAGCUGUCUCUGAUCGGCAAGAUCCUAAACCCGAAGAAACAAAGUGUGGAGAAAUUUCUCCAGAAAAUGCCAGUUCAAUGGGGCAUGGAGGAGCGCAUCACUGCCAAUGAUUUGGGAAAUGGGAAGUUUCUACUCAACUUUACCACAGAAGAUGACCUAAACUCUGUUCUUCGACAGGGUCCUUUUCACUUCAACUUUUGUAUGUUUGUGCUGGUUCGAUGGGAACCUAUUGUACAUGAUGACUAUCUUUGGCUAAUUCCAUUCUGGACUCGUUUUAUUGGUGUUCCAUUGCAUAUAUGGACAAAGAACAAUCUGAAAGAAAUAGGUUCUUGGCUGGGGCAUGUUCAUCAGGACACAAUAGAGCUGAUCGAAGGCAGAAUGCUCCUGAAUAUAGAUUCUCGACGUCCACUAAAGUUUGCAAGGAAGGCUGAAUCUCCAGAAGGAGAUGAGGUUACGACCGAAAUCAAGAAUAUUGUCCUUCCCUUCAUCGCCAAGGCGUCUUUGCGCGGGUACAGAUACAAGAGCACCGGCCACAACAGCAGUUGUAAAGAAGGAGCAUCGGACUACUGCUACGCAUUCGCAAGCGAUGGUUGCUUCCCAGUAUCACAAGGCUUCUCGCUUUACCAGUUCGAGGCAUGA